GCCUUCAAGUAUGCAAUGCUCAAUCACAAUCUGAAUGUCUCGACGCGCCGCUUUGAGCUGCAAGCCUAUGUGGAUGUCAUCAAUACGGCGGAUGCAUUCAAAUUGUCCAGACUAAUUUGUAAUCAGUUCUCACGGGGCGUUUAUGCCAUGCUGGGCGCGGUGUCGCCCGACUCGUUUGAUACGCUGCACUCCUACUCGAAUACGUUUCAGAUGCCCUUCGUGACGCCCUGGUUUCCGGAGAAGGUGCUUACGCCAUCGUCUGGCUUCCUGGACUUUGCCCUCAGCAUGCGCCCGGAUUACCAUCAGGCCAUCAUUGAUACAAUACAAUUUUAUGGUUGGCGCAAAAUAAUUUAUCUCUACGAUUCCCACGACGGUUUGCUGCGACUACAACAAAUCUACCAGGGCCUGAAGCCGGGCAACGAGUCCUUUCAAGUGGAGCUGGUGAAGCGCAUCUCGAAUGUCAGCAUGGCUAUUGAGUUUUUGCACACGCUAGAGCAUAUCGGACGCUUUACCAACAAGCAUAUCGUGCUCGAUUGUCCAACAGAAAUGGCCAAGCAAAUACUGAUACAGCAUGUCCGGGAUUUGCGUUUGGGACGUCGCACCUAUCACUAUCUGUUGAGUGGACUGGUCAUGGACGAUCGCUGGGAGAGCGAGAUAAUCGAAUUUGGUGCCAUUAACAUUACCGGAUUUCGCAUUGUGGACACAAAUCGGCGUCUCGUGCGCGAGUUCUAUGACAACUGGAAACGACUCGACCCACAGACGAGCGUGGGCGCCGGGCGGGAAUCGAUUUCGGCACAGGCGGCGCUCAUGUACGAUGCGGUCUUUGUUCUUGUGGAGGCGUUCAACAAAAUUCUGCGCAAGAAGCCGGAUCAAUUCAGGAACAAUGUGCAGCGUCGCAGCCAGACCCUGAUGUCGGCCGCCCAGGCAGCUGCCUCUACGGCCGGCGAUGGCUCCAACACCAGCAGCAGCAGCAGCAGCGGCGGAGGCGGCGGCGGCGGCAGCAACAGCGACGGCAGCGCCAGCUUUGGCGGCGCGCCGCGCGCGUUGGAUUGUAAUACGGCCAAGGGCUGGGUGAAUGCAUGGGAGCAUGGCGAUAAAAUAUCCCGUUAUUUGAGAAAGGUGGAAAUCGAGGGACUUACCGGAGAUAUCAAAUUCAACGAUGAUGGCAGACGAGUCAAUUACACCCUGCACGUUGUCGAGAUGACCGUAAACAGCGCCAUGGUAAAAGUUGCCGAGUGGAAUGACAAUGGGGGACUGCAGCCGUUGAAUGCGAAAUAUGUGCGUUUGCGUCCGCAUGUGGAGUUCGAAAAGAAUCGCACGUACAUUGUCACCACGGUGCUGGAGGAGCCGUAUAUAAUGAUAAAGCAGCCGGCAUUUGGCGAGCAGCUGCACGGCAACGAACGCUUCGAGGGCUAUUGCAAGGAUCUCGCCGAUUUGCUGUCCAAGAAGCUGGGACUCGAGUAUGAACUGCGUCUGGUGAAGGAUGGCAAUUACGGUUCCGAGAAUCCCGCCGUGCACGGCGGCUGGGAUGGCAUGGUUGGCGAGCUGGUGCGCAAGGAAGCGGAUAUUGCCAUUGCCGCCAUGACGAUUACCGCUGAACGCGAACGUGUCAUUGACUUUAGCAAGCCGUUCAUGUCGCUGGGCAUUUCCAUCAUGAUUAAGAAACCAGUGAAGCAAACGCCCGGCGUGUUCAGCUUCAUGAAUCCUUUAUCACAGGAAAUUUGGGUGAGCGUCAUCUUCAGCUAUAUUGGUGUCAGCAUCGUGCUCUUCUUUGUCUCGCGCUUCUCCCCACACGAAUGGCGCCUUGUGCAGCAGCCGCUACAACAAUCGCAGUUACCAGAUCCACAUGCACAUCACGAACAGCUUGCCAAUCAGCAGCCACCCGGCAUCAUUGGUGGCGCACCCGUACCCCCGCCGCCGGGCCCACCGACACCGGGCGUCCAGACAACUGCCUGCGCUGCGGCGCUGCAGGCAUCACUAUCCGCCGGGAGCCUUGCAUCUGGUAGCGGAGGAAGCGCAUCGGCCGUCAAUGAGUUUAGCAUUUUGAACUCGUUCUGGUAUUCGCUGUCGGCCUUUAUGCAGCAGGGCUGCGAUCUGUCGCCCCGUUCGAUAUCGGGUCGCAUUGCGGCCGCAUCCUGGUUUUUCUUUACGCUCAUACUCAUCUCCUCGUAUACGGCAAAUUUGGCUGCCUUUCUUACCGUUGAGCGCAUGGUAACGCCCAUCAAUUCGCCGGAGGAUUUGGCCAUGCAAACGGAGGUGCAGUACGGCACACUGUUGCAUGGCUCCACCUGGGAUUUCUUUAGGCGUUCCCCAAUUGGUUUGCACAAUAAAAUGUGGGAAUACAUGAACUCCAGAAAGCACGUCUUUGUGAAUACGUACGACGAGGGGAUCAGACGUGUGCGCACAUCCAAGGGCAAAUAUGCUCUGCUUGUGGAAUCACCAAAAAAUGAAUAUGUAAAUGCGAGAGAACCGUGCGACACAAUGAAAGUGGGCCCCAACUUGGAUACAAAGGGAUUUGGUAUUGCCACGCCGCUUGGCUCCGCGCUCAAAGAUCCCAUCAAUUUGGCUGUGCUGUCGCUGAAGGAGAACGGCGAGCUGAUUAAAUUACGAAACAAAUGGUGGUACGAGAAGACCGAAUGCAAUCCCAACAAGGACAAUCAGGAGGCAUCGCACAAUGAACUCUCCCUGAGCAAUGUGGCCGGCAUAUUCUAUAUACUUAUUGGCGGUCUGCUUGUUGCCGUAUUCGUUGCAAUUAUUGAGUUUUGCUUUCGCAACAAGGCAAACAAUUCGGGCGCCAAUCUCGGAGGCGUUGGCAGUGCGGCCAAAAGCAACGGAUCCAUGCUGUUGCGCCCCGCCAGCUCUGUGCCGGGCGUGGGCGUGCCCUCCACACAUCAAAGGAACACACUGACAGACACAAUGCAUGCCAAGGCCAAAUUGACCAUUCAAGCGAGUCGCGACUAUGACAACGGACGCGUGGGGUAUCUCAAUUGCGCCUCCUUGCAGUAUUAUCCACCCGCCCAGCUAUCCGGGGCGCCCUCGGAUGCCGGAGAGGCGCUGCACAUGAACGCACACGGUCAGGUUUGACACGAG